UCAUCGGCCGGUGGGAGCUGUAACCGCAGGCAGGGUCUCUGUCUUCUCUCUCCAAACCCGCACGGGACUCUGUAUGUUGAAUUAAGAGGUCAAAAAUAAGGUUGUGUAGGUUGAGGGGAAACUAAGCACCCCAGGGAAGACGGCAACAUGACAGCGGUUGAAUCGCAAGUGCAGUACGGGUCUUACAUGAUGACCGCGACUGAGGAAUACAUGAUCCAAGAGGACGACUGGGACCGAGACCUGUUCCUGGACCCGGCCUGGGAGAAGCAGCAGAGGAAGACCUUCACUGCUUGGUGCAACUCUCACCUGCGUAAGGCAGGGACACAGAUUGAAAAUAUUGAGGAGGACUUCAGGAAUGGACUCAAGCUCAUGCUGCUGCUGGAGGUUAUCUCAGGUGAGAGACUCCCUAAACCAGACAAAGGCAAAAUGCGUUUUCACAAGAUCGCCAAUGUGAACAAGGCCCUAGACUUCAUUAGCAGCAAGGGAGUCAAGCUGGUGUCCAUCGGUGCUGAGGAGAUUGUGGAUGGGAAUCUGAAAAUGACCCUAGGUAUGAUCUGGACCAUCAUCCUGCGCUUUGCAAUCCAGGACAUUUCAGUGGAAGAGACCUCUGCUAAGGAGGGCUUGCUGCUGUGGUGUCAGAGGAAGACUGCCCCCUACAGGAACGUCAACGUGCAGAACUUCCACAUCAGUUGGAAGGAUGGCCUGGCACUUUGUGCCCUCAUCCACAGACACAGACCUGACCUCAUCGACUACUCCAAACUGCGCAAGGAUGACCCAAUUGGCAAUCUCAACACUGCUUUUGAUAUUGCAGAGAAAUUCCUUGACAUCCCUAAAAUGCUUGAUGCAGAUGACAUUGUGAACACUCCAAAACCUGAUGAGAAGGCCAUCAUGACCUAUGUGUCAUGUUUCUACCAUGCUUUUGCUGGUGCAGAGCAGGCUGAGACAGCAGCUAACAGGAUCUGCAAAGUCCUGGCAGUGAACCAGGAAAAUGAGAAGCUGAUGGAAGAAUACGAGAAACUGGCCAGCGAGCUUCUGGAGUGGAUUCAAAGGACCAUUCCCUGGUUAGAGAACCGUGUGGCUGAGCAGACCAUGCAUGCCAUGCAGCAGAAGCUAGAGGAUUUUAGGGAUUAUCGUCGUGUGCAUAAGCCACCCAAGGUUCAAGAGAAGUGUCAGCUGGAGAUCAACUUCAACACCCUACAGACCAAGCUAAGGCUCAGCAACAGGCCUGCCUUCAUGCCUUCCGAGGGCAAAAUGGUUUCAGAUAUCGCCAAUGCUUGGAAGGGUCUGGAGCAGGUUGAAAAGGGCUAUGAGGAGUGGCUGCUUACAGAAAUUCGUCGUCUAGAGAGACUGGACCACCUGGCUGAGAAGUUUAGGCAGAAGUCAACCCUACACCAAUCGUGGACCACUGGAAAGGAGGAGCUUCUGUCUCAAAAGGACUACGAAACAGCCUCUCUGAUGGAGAUUCGUGCUUUGAUGAGGAAACACGAGGCCUUUGAGAGUGACUUGGCUGCUCACCAGGACAGAGUAGAGCAGAUCGCUGCCAUUGCACAGGAGCUCAAUGAAUUGGACUUUUAUGAUGCUGCCACCAUCAACGCCCAAUGCCAGGGCAUCUGUGACCAGUGGGACAAUCUGGGCACCCUGACUCAGAAAAGAAGAGAAUCACUGGAACGUGUGGAGAAACUUUGGGAGACAAUUGACCAGUUGUAUUUGGAGUUUGCCAAGAGGGCAGCACCCUUCAACAACUGGAUGGAUGGGGCUAUGGAAGAUCUGCAGGACAUGUUCAUUGUGCACAGUAUUGAGGAGAUUCAGAGUUUGAUCACAGCACAUGACCAAUUCAAGGCAACCCUACCAGAAGCUGAUAAGGAGCGCAUGGCUAUCAUGGGCAUUCAUAGUGAAGUCCUGAAGAUAGCUCAGACUUAUGGAAUCAAGAUAGUGAGUGAGAACCCCUACACCGUGCUCUCUCAUCAGAAUAUCGUCAAUAAAUGGGAAGCUGUGAAGCAACUGGUUCCAAUGCGUGACCAGAUGUUGCAGGAGGAAGUGGCCAGACAGCAGUCCAAUGAGAGGCUGAGGCGCCAAUUUGCUGCUCAGGCCAAUAUCAUUGGACCUUGGAUCCAAACCAAGAUGGAGGAGAUCAGCCAUGUGUCUAUUGACAUUGCUGGUUCCCUUGAAGAACAGAUGAGCAAUCUUAAAACAUAUGAACAGAAUAUCAUUAAUUACAAAUCCAACAUUGACAAACUGGAGGGCGACCACCAGCUUAGCCAGGAGGGACUUAUCUUUGACAACAAGCACACCAACUACACUAUGGAGCAUGUCCGUGUGGGAUGGGAGCAGCUCCUCACCACCAUCGCUCGCACAAUCAAUGAGGUUGAGAACCAGAUCCUGACUCGUGAUGCCAAGGGCAUCAGUCAGGAGCAGCUGAAUGAGUUCAGAGCCUCAUUCAAUCACUUUGACCGGAAGAGAAAUGGCAUGAUGGAUCCCGAUGACUUCCGUGCUUGCCUGAUUUCUAUGGGUUAUGAUUUGGGUGAAGUAGAAUUUGCACGCAUUAUGACUCUGGUGGACCCCAACAACACAGGAGUUGUCACCUUCCAAGCCUUCAUUGACUUCAUGACCAGAGAGACAGCCGAGACAGACACCGCUGAACAGGUCAUGGCCUCCUUCAAGAUUCUGGCUUCUGACAAGGCGUACAUUACAGUGGAGGAGCUGAGAAGGGAACUGCCACCAGAACAAGCCGAAUACUGUAUCAGCCGCAUGACCAAGUACAUGGGCGGUGAUGCUCCUCCAGGCGCGCUUGAUUAUAUCUCCUUCUCAAGUGCUCUGUAUGGAGAAAGUGACUUGUAGAGCCCUUCUUGUUACCCAACAUCCCCUACACCUUUUCCCUAAAUUUAUGAAACCUUAAAAACAUCUAACUCCAAGAACAAUGUCAAGAUGUAAAGAACGACUUUACUGCAGCGAUCUGACACCAGUUUAUAUUCAGUGAAUUACUUUGAUGAUUGACACCCAUCAAUUGCUGUCUGAUCUAUUAGAGGGUAAUCUUUUGUUGUGUUAAGUGCUCUCACAAGCCGAUAGGAGAUUAAAGAGGGUGAAAACCUAGCAGUAUCAUUAGUCAAAGUGGCACUGUUAAUAGGAGACAUCUGCACUCCUUUCAUGCAAAUGGCUUAACUAUUGGAGGAAGAAAAAUAAAUGAUCUUAAAGAA